GCUCCCGGGCCAGGAUACAGCUACGGCUGCCAGGAAACCACGCUCUCCCCCGGCCUGGAGCGCGAGGAGCGCAAGGGGCCGGGGGAGGCUAGCCCGGGGGGGCGGCGGGGAGCAAGGUUAAAUGCCGGCCUUUCUCCGCCCCCGGCCUCUAGCUGGUAGGCGGGCGCCCGAGCGCCGCCGCCGCCUCCCCCGCGGUGGGCGGCGGUGGUACUUCCCGGCGUCCGGCGAGCGCCCGGGCCCUCAGGCCCCCUUCUCUCUGCCCCCGCGCCAGCCGCCGCGCUCCGCCCUGCCACAGAGUCCCCGCCGGGCGAGAGCGGCUCCACAUCCGGGUACCGCCGCACCCAAGGCCGGAGCGGCACCUUCUCAGAGUAAUGUAAGAGGGGGAAUCCUCGGCAAUAACAGAGUGAGAAGGGUUUCAGAGAGCCGCGCGAUCGCGGGAAGAAAGGAGGAGAAAACUGAUCCCCAAGCGUCUCUCCAGGGCCCAAUGAGAGUGCGCAUGCGCGCGGUCUACAAAAAGGGAAGGCUCUACAGAGUGGUGUUUCCCUUCCUGUUGGCAUGUGCUCAGACGCUCGACAUCUAAGUGCCAGCACCUCUUCAGGUUACCAGGAAGGAAACUUGGACAACCUCCAUCUCAAUCAUCUCAUUUUACAGACAAGGAACUGAGGACCCAAAAGAGUAAAUAAUUUGUCUAAGUUUGGUGGAUGAGUUCAGGGCUGUUUUUUACUCCCAGGUCAGUACAUUUUCUACACACCAUGAUGCCUAUAAAAUAUUAUAGGCAUCAAUGUUUUUGUCCCCCACCUCUACCUUCAUAUGUUGGAGCCCUAACCCAUCAAGGUGAUGGUAUUGGGAGGCAAGGCCUUUGGUGGUAGUUAGGUUUACAUGAGAUCAUGAGGACAGGGUCCCUAUGAUGGAAUUAGUGCCUGUAGAAGAAGAGGAAUAGACAUCAGAGCUUUCUCCCACCACCAUGGGAAGACACAGCAAAAAGAAAGCCAUCUGCAAGGCAAAAGAGGGCCCUCACCAGAACCCAACCACAUCGGCACCCGGAUCUCAGA